CAAAAAACACUAGAAGAAGCAUCCAAGCUUCUACCUCUCUGAUCACUCUCUCUGAUAGCUUACUCAUCUCAUCAGUUCUUGCUCUUCUCUCCAUAGCCAAUGCUCUGCCUUCUUUUAAUUCUUAAAAAUAUUUUUCACCUUGAGAUCUUCACCCUCCUCCUCUCCAUCAGAAGCUACCUCUCACUUUCACCUCCAACUCUCCCCAACCCCACCUUUAAAUCCCCCCCUUUUGCUUCCACACUUUCCACUCACUCUUUCUCUCUCUCAAUCCCCACUUUCUAUCUCUAGAAAUAAAGCUGUGAGAGCUCCUACAACUAUCUCAGAAGGUUUGAAGAUUUUCAAAAAUGGAUUCGAAGCUGAGAAAGGCGCCAUUGCCGAAGCCUCUGAUGCUGAAGGAUUAUCUCUUGGACGAUCUCAGCUCUUGUUCUUCGAGCGGCUUCAGAUCGUAUCCGAGAACACAAUGCUGCACAACUGUUCGAUUCAUGCUCGAAAUUGAUCUCAAAAGCAGAGAUUCAAAUCGCAGGAAAAGUAAUCUCAGGAGCAAAUCAACAAACGCUUCGUCCCCGUCAAAAAUGUCGGCAUUUCAGCGAGCGUCAGAGGUGCUGAUCAACGCAGUCAAGCUCCUCCCGUUCGCCGCCGUAAAGUCAUCUUCGUCGUCACCGCCUUCGAAUCAGAGCAAAACGAAGAACUCAAUUUUACCGAGAAGCCUCUCGCGGAAGCUCCUGAAAAGAAGCUUCUGGAAGAAAACUGAGAAGGAGAUCGAACUGUGGAAAUCGUUCGAACAUUUUCUCGAACAAAAUGAAAAUCUCUCCGCCGCCGUAACUGCCACCACCGCCGUAACCGCCGCCACAGACUCGAACAGUUCGAUGAGUGAGAGUAACAGUGAAAGUAACAGCUGGUCAGAUAGUGAUGUGUGCUCUUCGGAAGGUUCGUGCGGCAAUGACAUCGUAGUAGAUGUAGAAGAGAAGAGGCGUUUACCGGAAGAAGCGGUCAGCAAGAGAGGAGGCGUAACAGUCGGUGGCUUUACCAUUGAAGCCGCAACAACAACAACAACAGCAACUAACAACUCCACUAAUAAAUGGCCAAAUGAGGAGGAGAAAGAACAAUUUAGUCCAGUAUCUGUACUGGAUUUUCCAUUUGAUGAUGAUGAGGAGGUUUCAUGGCCUUUCAAACGUAGGCUCGCCCGCCUCGAAGGAACAAAACAAAAGCUCAUGGAUAAGAUCCACCAGUUUGAGAACCUUGGUCAACAACUUGAUCUGGAACCACUGGACCUUGAAAAACAGUUCUCAUCAUCAGAAUUCGAAGAUGAAUCCCGUGAACCUGCCUCGCCCUGUCUCUCGGAUUCUAUCCAAGACGAGGAAAAUGAAGCAGAACAUAAAGCAUUAGACUUACUUGAGCUAAUAAAAUUUACUAUUCCAUCAAGCAGCUUCAAAUUCAUGGCAGAUGAUCUGUUAUUGGAUUUCUUGAGAGAGAGAAUCACCGAAGGACAAUCACAUACCAUGACAGUAAUGGGUGAUGACGAGAAAUUGGAGUCUGAACUGCUAAAUGUCAUUGACGAUUGGGUCACUGGACAGCCCCAAGAAAUGUUGGUGGAGUGGGAAGUGCAAAAGAACAGGCAAGCAUAUAUGAGAGAGAUGGAAAAGGGAGGAAAGUGGAGUAAGAUGGAUGAAGAUGAACACAAAGAUGAAGUGGCCAUGGAGUUGGAGAUUGAAGUUUUUGAUUCAUUGGUGAAUGAGCUGUUGCUUGAUCUCUUCUCAUCCUAGGUGUGACUAUUUUAAUUGAAAAUUUUAAGAAAUCUUAAGGAUGUGCAGGUGUGAAUGAUAUUGGACAACAAGGGGUUGUUCUAAAGAGACCACCAUGACUAUUUAGGCACUUGGAGAGAAUUUUCUGUCAUCCAUUUUUUUCCUAGGUGAAAAGAUGGUGAAAUUUUGAUAUUUAAUUAAGGGGACCAUCCUUGUUCUUCA